AUGGCAGGAACAAAUAGUCCCAGGAAACGCAUAAAAAUAGAUGUCAGAUAUCCCACAAACUUUGAUCCCAAUGAUCGGAUAUCGCAUUUGCCAGAUGACAUUUUGCGUCACAUUCUGUCCUUAAUAACUCUCCAUGAGGUAGGUCGAACUAGUAUUUUGUCCAAAAGGUGGCAGAACGUGCGAAGCUCAAACCCCAAUUUGGACUUUGAUGAAAGGGUUUUCAUUAAGAACCUGUCAGACAAUCUUACUGAUAUUACAAGAAAGCAGAAACCUGAUCUUAUGGGCAAGAAUGUAAGAAUUUCAGAGCACAUAAUCCAAAAUUUAAUCCUAGGUUCCCCCUUGAUUGAGAGCUUGACUCUUGUCUGCUGUUGGAAUGUGAAAAAUAUUGAGCUUUCCAGUCUUGUUAAUGACAAGAAGCUGGAGCUACAGGAUUGCGGUGAAAAUGGAGGCCGAUUUGAGAGAAUUGAGUUCGAAGAGUUGAAACUUCAAAGUUUAAGCUACUCCUCAGACAACAUGGUAUUUGACAUAAAUUCCAAAUUUCUUAAGACCCUAAAAGUUUUAAGUAUAAAAGGCAGAUUCCUGACAGAUCAAUUAUUGAGAAGAAUCAUCCGUAUAUGUGUACGCCUUAAAAGCUUGGUACUCAGCUGCUCUAAGCUGAAGAGAUUUGAAAUUUCAAGUCUUCGGCUCAAGAAGUUAAGUUUGUGUGAUGUGUCUGAGAAAUUAGAUAAUGGUGUACUCAAUACUCCAAAGUUACGCUCAUUCGGAUAUGAUGGCAACAACUUGGUGCCCCUUCUAUUUUCACUUGAUAUGUCAAGUGUGGAGGAUGCUGCUGUCAAAAUGUCAACUGAGCUCAAUGCUUCUCAGUUACGUACGUUCCUCCCGGAAGAACUGGGUGAUAAUAGUUCUAUCCCUUCAAUUUCGAAUAUCAAGCAUUUAAAAAUUGAAUUGUAUUAUCCUCUUAAUGAAAAAGAUAACUAUGGAGCUCUUUUGGAUGGCUUACUGUGGAGUUGUCAUCCUGAAACCCUUUCUAUGGAAUUGGGUUGGGGUUACAACGAUGAGGUUGCAAAGGUUUUGUGCGAAAGGCUUGGCAAGAUAGAUCCAAGAGAUGAAUGCUGUAGUACUGCAUGCACGUACUGA